AGUGUCUGCUAUUCCAUAUAAUAGCAUUACUAUGUCCGACCAGGAGAAGUUAUCCAACCAGGAGGAGAGUCACGUGGAUGCUAAGACUAUAGCUAACAGGAAAAAGAGGGAGAAAAAGAAGGCUAAGGCCGCUGCUGCCGCAACCGAGGGCGGUAAGAAGAUGAGUGCUGCGGCUAAGUUGGCAGCAGCUCGUCUUGAAGCCGCUCGAGAGGCUGAAGAGGAGCGGAAACGCUUAGAGGAGGAGGCCCAGAAGAAGGCCGAGGAAGAGGAACGACUUGCUGCUGAGGAGGCUAGGAAAGCACAGGAGGAGAAGGAACGCAAGGCUGCUGAGAAAAAGGCCCGGCGGGAGAGGCUCAGGGCGGAGGGUAAAUUACUGUCGAAGAAGGAGAAGGAGCAGAAGGCCAAAGCUGAUGCGUACCGGCAGAUGCUCCUAGAAAGUGGACAGCUUCCCGCUGCUGUUACGGCCUCUGAUGAGGACAGCACUACUGAUAAACCGAAAAAGCAGAGUGACUUGUAUGGGAAAAAGAAGAGUCAUAAGCAUAAGAAGCAGCCCAGUCGAGGAGAGCUUGUUGAGGAACGUGUGGUAUCUACGACACAUGAUGAUGAUGACGAUGAUUGGGAGAAGGCGGAGGAGGUCGUUGAUAAGAAGAGCGAGUCGGAAGCUGAGUCGGUGGAUGACUGGGAGCUGUUGGAUGAAGACUCGGAUGAUGAUAAGAAGGUGGAGGCCUAUCCUACCCAUGUCAAAAACAAGCCGCAGAAGAAGGAGGAGGUGGAUGUUAAGGGCAAAUUCGCAGCAGCGGACCCUCUUGCCGUUUUCGACUCCUCCACCUCUGAGUUCCGCUCUCCCAUAUGCUGCAUUAUGGGCCACGUUGAUACUGGUAAAACUAAGCUGUUGGAUAAAAUACGGCGGACUACUGUCCAGGAGGGUGAGGCCGGAGGUAUUACCCAACAGAUUGGCGCUACUUUCUUCCCCGAGGCUAGUUUGCAGGAUGCCGUUCAUAAGGUUAAUCUGACGACAUAUCUUCAGCUGCCUGGUCUGCUCAUCAUCGAUACACCCGGUCACGAAUCCUUCAACAACCUUCGUGUUCGCGGCAGUUCCUUGUGCGACAUCGCCAUCUUGGUCGUCGACAUAAUGCAUGGUCUCGAGCCACAGACUAUAGAGAGUCUAGAGUUACUGCGAAAUAGGAAGUGUCCUUUCAUCAUCGCCCUUAACAAGAUUGAUAGGUUGUACCAGUGGAGGUCCUCAGCUAAUCGUCCGUCGCGGGACAGUCUGAAAGCUCAGAAGGACUAUGUUAAACAUGAAUUCGAUGAUCGACUGAAACGUAUACAACUACAGCUAGCGGAGCGAGGCCUCAAUACAGCUGUGUAUUGGGAGAAUCAUGAUGUUCGCCGAGAUGUGAGUAUCGUGCCUACCUCAGCCGUCACAGGGGAGGGAGUACCCGAUCUGCUGUACCUCAUAGUCAAACUCACUCAAACUUUGAUGGCUAAGAAGAUUACACGGCAGCCGGACCUCUUCCAAUGCACUGUGUUGGAGGUGAAGAAUAUAGAGGGCUUGGGUACUACUAUUGAUGUCAUCUUGGUUAACGGCCGGAUCAAGGAAACUGACCAGAUCUGCGUAUGCACUCUAGCCGGGCCCGUUGUUACUACUAUAAGGGCUCUGCUUACGCCUCCACCAGCUAAGGAAAUUCGAGUGAAGUCGGAAUAUGUCCAUCAUAAAGUCAUCAAUG